AUGAGCAAGCUAGGCAUUGGUGAUCCAGGGACGAGAGGUCCAUAUCACAAGCUUGAUACCCAUUUGGCGUUUUGGCGCAAGUACCUGACGGUGUACAACUACGUUGAGAAUGGCGGGACACUACCGGGGACGUAUAUUCAGCAGAGUCGACGAGUACACUCACACAGUGUCUGUGGAUCACCAACCACGGAAAUAACUAAGUUGUUGCGUUCUCCACCCUCUGCACCGAUAUUCAACGAGGACCGUGAUGAGAUUUUUCCUACAAGGCUGAGCGUUGGUGAUAACAAUGACAUCAAAAGUAACGGUAACAACAACGUAGGAUUCGUUGAGGAUCCUGCUCUGGAGUGUCUCUCCGAGUUGGAGGAGGUGCGCCACCUUGAGGAGGUGACUAUUGCCCCGGAGGAUGAAGAGGCACUUCUGAUUGAGACCACCUACGGUGCUCUCCUUUCUCAUCUCUGGUGGACUCUCUGGGCUCUCAUACAAAGCCAAAUUUCCAGCAUCGACUUCGGGUUUAUUGAGUAUGCUGAAUCAAGAAUGACAGCUUACUACGACCUAAAGAAGACCUUACCCGCCUCAGAGUUUCCCAACAGCGAAGGCCAAUGGAUUGAUCCAUCCAACUUGCGAAAGGUAAACGGCGAGAUUUUCGAUAUGGAGUCGCCUGCCAAGGCACAAAUGAACAGCGACAAGGGCGAGUCCCGCACGAAUGCCUCUAAUCUCGUUACCUCCUUCUACGUCGUUGAGGAAGACGGAUGA